UGACUCACUUAAUUAAAUGUAUAUUUUAACCCCUCGAUUCGAUGACGACUUGCAGCAGAUUGAACCGUCAGUGCGGAUAUCGGUGUCUCUCCCAUGGGAUGCAGUACUACGACUGCGUCAACUGGCUGCCGAGGGCAAUCCCACUCUGCGAGCCCUGGGUAUUCUGUCCGUGCAGCCUGAAGGCGAUUCUGUGAUAACUUUAAAAGUUGGAGGACAAGAUAUUAAAGUAAAGGAUAAUUUAAGCGAUGUCGCAGGCGGUGCAAUUGAGGCGGCUGGCACGUCUUCCAACAAAGCCGCUCUCACCGUUGGCGUUACUAGUGCCAGUGGGUCGGCGCAACUAUCGGCAGUGCCCACAUUUGAUGGCCCCAGUACCAGCAAGGCAGCUUAUGUUCAGCAACAGCGACUCACGCAACUGUCGAUGCAAAACGAUGCAAUCUUAGGCCAACAACAACAGCAGCAGCGGCGAGAUGCAUUGUCGCAGCAACAGCAGCAGAAAAUAAUGGCACAGCCAACACUGCCGUUGCCGCCGCCGCAGACGCUCCCAUCGCAGUACAAUAAUAACAGUGCCGCCACGACGCCCCCCAUCUUUAAGUCGCCGAACACAGUGUGUCCCAUGGAGGGCAAGGUACCGCUGUUGCCUUCGCCUGUAGGUACGCUUAAUGUGCCAACGGAUUUUCCAUUCGAAAGUAUGCGGCAAGCACGUGUCUUGCAGGGCAGAGAAACGACGGGUACGGCGGCCACAGGCACAUCUGUCAUUGGCGGCCUUGGUCCACCACCGAUUCCUCCUCCGAAUGUUACUCUCAAGCUGUUAGGUAAUGAAACUUCGCCGAACAGCGAGGCGACUGCGGCGGCGACGGGAAUCGGUGCUGCAGUAGUCUCGAAUAAAUCUCAGUUCAUACAUCCGCCACCGCCAUAUCCUGGUCUGGGACCGAAUUCAAAUUCGAGCCUAAAUCAAGCAUCAAGCAAUAGUAGUGCUACAGCUGUCGCAGCAAGUGCGGGUACAAAGGCAACUCUAAGCUAUCAUCAUAUGCCAACAUCAUCAUCAGCCACUGCUUCGCCAACAACCACGUCAACAGGCAGUAAUAACAUUGCAAUAUCAUCACCAUUGUUAGUUAAUCUGUUGCAAAACGACGGGAAUGUGAUGACUAGUAAUCAAUUGAAAUCGCCCCAAAUGUCAGCGCCAACAACACCACAAUCACCCAUUGUCAGUAUGAGUCCUAGCGCUCAAAUGAUAAAUUCAAACUCGCCAAUGCGGUGCUCCUCGGCGACUCCAAACGAUUUCGCUAUGACACCAGCAGCAACGAUUGACAACGGGAAUGCACCGAGUAAUGCCGUUGUGCCAUCAUCCCCUACAGGAGGAGGCCCCUUGGUUAUGCGUAACAUUCAGCAUCAGCAGCAACCGCUCCUCCUCAGUCCCAAUAACACUGCGAAUAUGUAUCCAGGUGGGCCAACACAUCGCUUUCAACAAGUGGCUACCUUGCGUCACCAACAACAGCAGCAGGUUCAUCAACAACGGCAACAUCAGCUGCAGGGUAUGCAGCCGCGAUUUAUGCCUCCUCAACAACAACAUCAACAGCAGCAGUUUCUUACACAACAGCCAAAUGAUUGCUUCAGUAAUCUAAGCCUACAGCAGCCACAGCAACAGUUGAGACAACAGCAAAUUCGAGGAGGUCUGCCCCCUCCGACGCAUCAGCAACAGCAGCAACAGCGCCUUAUGAGCAUGCCAUUAUCCUCCCCACAGACGCCGCAACAGUUUAUGCCUCAUGGUCGAGCGUCGCCGAUUGCCCACUCACCUGCCUCUAGCCACCACUCGAUGCACAGUCCGUUAAUGGCUAAUCAUCAGCCUACGCAGCCAGCAAAUCUGCUGUCGCCUUCGACAGCACCCAAUAGCCCACACCCGCAGCAACUUGCGCAGCUUCAUCAUCAACAACAGCAACAGCAGCAAAAAGAGCUGUCUUCAAUCUCUAAUUUGCAAAAUCCACACCUUGUACCUGUAACGGGCGCGGGCAAUGCUCAGAUCCCUCUACCUCCGCCUCCAGAUUACAACCAGGCUGCGGCGGCGGGUAGUUCAAGAUGGCCUGCACUUAGUAAACCGAUGGACUCGGUUACUAAGAGCAGUUUCCAGGAGUUUACACGUUAUCAGUUGCAAUACAACUUGCAGCAACAGCAAAUUCAUUCAGCCAACGGCUCAACAACGCAAUCGGCAACGAAUGCAGCUGAGAUUAUAUCUGUGCCGGGAGGGCAACGGCAGCAACAACAACAACAACAACAGCACCAACAGCAACAAAUACUGUCAAUGGCAGCCCAACAACAAUUGGGGACACAGCAAGCACAACCUCAAACAAAUGUUUCGAACACUUCAAACGUUGGCCAUAGUUUGAAUGAUCCUUUGAUUUCAUUGUCCGACCUUGACGCCUUAACUACCAAUGAUUUGGAUGCUUUACUACCGACUCUAAACUGUGAUCUCGACUCAACGCUUAGCCUCGAGGAUAAAAAUGAGCUUGAAUCGUUACUGCAGGAUGCUAAGGACUUAGACUUGGAUUUGAUUGAAGACAAUUUGUCGGCAGUUGGAAUGGAUGUGGGUGAUGCACUUAGUACGUUGCAAGAAACGCCUGGCUGCAUGGUGGAACAACAACAAUCCCUCCAACAACAACAGCAUCAGCAGACGCAUCAACAAUCACACAUACUCGAAAUGCAGCCCUAUAAUCAACAACAGCAAAUCUUGCAUCAACAGCAACAACAGAGAACUCAACUAACACAAUUGCAACAACUCCAACUGCAACAACAACAACAGCAAAGACAUCAGUUACAGCGCCAGAUUCAGCUGCAGCAGCAGCAGCACCUCUCUCAUCGAGUACAACAGCAACCAAUUCAAGUGCAACAGCAACAAGUACAUCAUACUAAUGCACAAGUGGUAGUUCAAAAGAAAUUGGGGCAACAACAACCACAACGUGUUGGCGGAAAUGUGCAACAAAAGCAAUUCAUUAUUAAUCCGCACACGGGCGAUAUGGAGCCAAUGGUCAGCGAUGAUAGCGAUACGGAGGCCGAACAAGAGACAACGCAGUUACAUUUUCGGAGUAUGUCGAGCAGCAGCAGCUACGCUGGGUUUAACCCUGCUAAUGACAUGCUCCUGCCGAGCAAUCUCUUCUCCGAAGAAGAUUCAAACUCAGCAAUGUCUGGUGGUCAGCAGUUGCCGGCAGCUGUUACCAGCGAUCAGGAGCGCUCUCGUGACUCCCUUGCAUCUAAUAAAUCUGCGUCUAGCCGUUCAAGGAAAGCACCGCAGCAACUAAAACUGAAUCAUACCAAUGCACAAAGUCAGCAGAAUCAAAACCAGAAGCAUCAAAUCGCCAACUCAUGUCAUCCCAUGCAAGUGCAAACACAACAAAUUCCACAUCAACAGGUUCACUUGACCGGCAUCACCUCAGACUCGCAGCGUUCUGGAAACAGUUCUCCGAUAGUUGGAAGUGGUGCAACAAAUUCUCUCGUACCUGGUGGUAAUAACAACAAGAAGACGACGAAACAAAAUCUAUUGCGUGAGAAACUACAACAGGGUGUUAAGGAGCGCAAAACAAAGGACGCAACAGCAACGACAACUCCAAAACCAAAGCGUGAACGUGCGAAGGGCAAUGGAAAAUCUAAAACAGUGGCAACCGCUGCAGCUACAGCGAUUGCCGAUGAGAAGAUAAAGUUGCGUCUCAAGCUCGAUAAAGUCGAAAUGACGCAAGCAGCUUUUGAGCAGCAACAACAACAACAGCAGCAGCAUAUUCAACUGAAUGCCAUAGUGGAUGGUAAUCAUGUGCAACAACAACAGCAGCCAAUGCCAUUGCAAACACAUUUGCUAACGUUGCCUACUUCUCAGACGCAUCACCAAAAUGUACAACAGCAACAACAUCAGCCUCAACAACAUCAUCCAGUCUACAUCAAUGUUCAACAACAACAACAUCAGCAAACUGGACAACAACAGGCGGUUACUGUCGGAAUGAAUGAGCCUCGUGUGCCGCCGCUUCAAAUUCGUCUGCGUGGCAAAAAUUCAGUUGUAGUGAAAAAUACACGAAAAGACAGAAAGAAAGCCACAACCACAGUUGUCGAUGAAGAUCAGAAAAUGCGACAGCUGAAACGUACAUUUAGUGAUCAAGGCGGGGCACAGCAGCAACAUCAAAUACUGCUAAUGGAUGGAUCUUCAGACAACAAGCAGACUAAGCUAACACCUGCAACGCAUGUCAAUGGUUUGCCUAGCACUGCAGGAGUUCUAAUUCAGAAGACUACUCAGGCGCCUCCACCUCCGCCACCGCCUCUGCAAUCAACAACAAAUGCGAAGACUACAACAAUUGUGGCUGGCAAGAACGGUCUAACUAUCAGCGCUAUUGUUGAGGCGCACAAAACACAGGCGCAGGUCGGACAGGAUGGACAAUUGUUGACCGUGGGAUCUACAAAUUCUGGUACUACGACGACGACGACAUUACAAUUGCAGCAACAACAGCAGCUCAGCAAGAUCGCCACCUCUUUGCCAAGCAGCAUUACACUUAGCGCAAUAAGCAGCAACCCAGCCACCACCAAUAACAGCAACAGCAACAACAGCACGAGUAACAACAAUGCCAUUGCCAGUAACAACAGUCGCUUGCUUAACAACUUAAGUCUAAAGAACCCCAUCAAGACAGCAGCGACGAUUACACCCAUUUUGGGUGGCAAGCCGAUGACAAAAAACCAUAAGCCGCCGCCAUACAUAACCGCCGUGCAACAGCUGCAGCUACAGAAACAGCAGCAACAGCAGCAACAACAACUGGCGGCGGCCGUAACAAUGUUGCCCAGUGCGACGACGCUGAAGCGUGUCGAAAUAACUAAACAACAGACGUCAAACAGCAGCGUCGAUGCAGCAACUAUGAUAACUGUUAGCACAUCCUCUACAUCAGCGACCACGACAGCUACAACAACAACAUUACCGCCCAUGCUUGGCGACAGAAAGCUACCAGGAGCAGUUGCUCUUUCCAUGAACUCCACCAACCUGAUUAACAAUGGCCAUGAGCUGGGCAAUGUAGCAGCAAUAGUGUCAGCAACACAAUCCAAGCAACAUAACCACGUGAGUCAACAGCAAGCGGUGACUAUUAGUGGACCAAGCAGCACUGCGUCUCCGACACCCUCGUCUGUUUUAGUCAACACAUUACGAAAUUCGCCGGCCAGCAAUGGCACUCCUGGUCAUGGCAACAAUGGCGGCGGUGGUGAAGAUAGUGGAAUAGAGUCAAUGGAUGCGCUCUCGGAGAAAAGCCCGCACCAACAAACCUCAAGCAGCCCUAUACAGCUUCAACAGCAACAAAUUUCCAGUAAAGUGACGACGGGAGGGGCAGCGGCUGCAACGAUAAUACAAUCGACAACUGUUUGUGCUGCUAUGGAUACAACAACAACAAGCAGCUGCCAUAGUAGUAAACUUCAACAGCAACAGCAACAUGCUGAUGAUGAGAUUGAAAAAGCACUGGCCAAAAUGGAGGGAGACUUUCCCGAUGAUUUGGAGAAUAUUGUGGCCAGCGUACUCAAAGAAACGGCGGCGGCAAUCAUGGGUAGUGGUGGUUAUAACUUGUCGACAACAAUAACAUCUCAGAAUGAAAAAUUAAAUGGCGAGAAUAUUGAUAUGCUCGAAGACGAUGAUCUCAUCAAGAAAUUGACGGACAAUAUUGAUGUUUUGGACAGGAAAAUUCCUGUUACUUCUGACACGGAACCGAAAAGUGAAGCUGCAAUGAAAUCGAAAGUAGAGAAGAUCAAGCAGGAGGAACUAUCGACAACACUGCUUUCCAUUAAGAAAGAGACAACUGCAGUGGAAGAAGAAAAUAAACCAAAAGUUUGUGUUUCAACUCAAUCAGAAUCUAAAACCGAAGAGAAGUCUACAAUUGCACAUAAAAAAAAGGAGAACGAGUUCGAAAAGGAGGAGAAAGAGAAACCCCAGACUGAGUCACUACAGCCUAUAUCAAUUGAAAUACCUGCGCAGUCAGAUUCGGAGACAUCGCGUAUAAGAACACGCGCGAGCAGUCGCUUAGAAAGUCCAUUAGAUGCACUUAAAACCAGCCCAGAAACUCAGCAGCCAACGACAAUAGCAGCAACAACGGCAACAUCAACUUCGGCCACAACAACGUCGUCCACCAUUUUGGUGAGAAGCACAUCGCGGCUAUCAUCGAUUCCAAGUCCCCGCUUGAGUGGCACACCAACGCCUAUUCACAACAAUAACAAGCGGCGGCGUCAGGAGUCCGAGUGCGGCAGUAGCAAUGAUGGUACCGUCAACGAUGCUACACUCUUCGUUGAUUCGAUUAGCAGCAAUAGUAAACGUACACGAAUCAGCAAUAAUAAUAACAAUACCGAGACAACUGAGACCGCUGUUAAUCAUAUGAUAACGAAGAAGAUUGAGAUUGAGUCUUCCGACUCAGACGAACCGCUCAUUGAAGUGGCGGGCAAAGUGCGUAAUUCAAAGACACAAGUAGAGGAUAAGACCGCAACCGUAACACGAAGAAAUGUAGUGCAUCCACCACAACAACAGCAAAAAGCAAUCCACUUGAAUGCUACCCCCACUCAGAUGCAGAAGACAGUAAAAGCACAGGUUACAACUCACACAAUCAAUAGUGGAUUGCAAACGGUCAACAAUUCUACGUCGACAGCAGUAACAUCUACCACCAAUAACCAUAGCAGCACCAAUAAUAAUACAAGUAUAGUGCAUGCAACACGUGGGGCAACAGCAGCAGCUGCGACCAGUAACAACAGCAGCCACAAUUUAGCAAACAAUAAUAAUGUUGUGAAUGCCAGUUCGCCAACAGAUGAGAAGAUUGGAACGAGAAGGAGUGUGCGAGCAAGUGCGGCUGCCAACAAGAUCAUCUUUAGUCGCAGCAAUGCAGCUGCUGCUGCUGCGGCUGCAGCUGCCGCUGCCGAACCCAAAGGCACACCGGCUAAAACUGCAGGCAGCGGUUCUGGAGUGGUUGGUGUGAAUAAUUCGACAAAUGCAGCAAAUGCAAUCAUCGAAAGUGUAGCUGAAGCGCGCCGUAAAACACGUAGUGCAGUAAUUGGAGAAUCCAUGCUGACCGAGGGACGACGGAGAAGAACAUCGCGUGACUACAAGUGACCAGAGCUUUGCGCCUUGGCUAAGAGUUUGAACCAUUCGAAUGAUGCUAACGAGGAUGACUUGAUUGAGCUGAUUGACCUGGACGUUGUUGCAGAACGGUUUGAUAUCAGUACUGGUUUUCCUUUGGUCCAGGCGCAAAACUUUAACGGCGAAUUGGAGGUGAACAGCAACGGUGAUGACGACUCUGGUGAUUUAGAGGAAGAUCUCAUUGAUCUGUCUUCAGCCCUGAGUCUUAUUGAAACUACAGAUAAAAGUGGUCUUGGUUACGAGGGAAUGGAUGAUCCCGAUCCCGAUCAGAUGCGUUUGCUGACUUAUCACAACAUUAAAAGUAGUAGCUACACGGAAGCUGAUGUGAAUAUCGAUGCGGUUAGCUUGCUAAUGCCAGAACUGGGCAAUGUUGCCUCAUCUUCAGAAUGCGGAGGCAACUAUGUGGACUAUGAUGAGUUUAAUAUGUGCCUGAACAACAUACUGAGCGAUAAUAACAACGAUGAGCUCGAUGUCAAUGGCGGCAUUACGGACCCAAUUGCAAAUUCUGGUAAGCAUCAGCCGCACCAGAACCAGCACCAGCAAUGGCGAGAUGUAAGCGAUGUUAUUACCAGCAUAGUGCCAUUAAACAACAGUCUUGGGCUAAGCUUCCAGGAGUUUACUACUGAGUCAAGUGUGACCACUGAUGACCGUGCCGUCAACAGCAGCUCGUCGCAAUUGGCCUAGUGGCGUUUAAAUCUACAAUUGUUUAUAAUGUUGCUUUCUAAGGCUUUGUAAAUAGUAAUUACACACAUCUAUAUAUAUACAUGCAAAAGCUUGAAUUUUCGCUUUCGUUUGUAAUUAAAAAGAGAGAUAAACAUUUUGAAUAUUUUGUAUAGUUAGUUAUACCCAAAGGUUGCAAUAAUGUUGCAUCUUAAAGCGAGCAACAUCACACUCAUACGCCCAUCUAGUUAAUCGCGCAUGAUGAUUAUGGAUUCUUUACCUUUACCUUUACCUUUAAUUUUAGAUUUGACACUACUCACUGCUUAUUUAGCUCUACUUUUCAUCAAUUCUCCCUUGGUAAAUAAAUUUGCUAGUCAAGUGGAACAGACAAUUUGUGUAUAGCUCAAAAAAAAAAAAAAGAAAAAACAUUGAACAAAUUA